UGAAGGAAAGAACAAUGCGAAAGCCAAAACCAAUUCAAGACACACACCUUCUAUCUAUCAUCUUUUGAGGGAUCUUGCUUUUCCUAAAAGGGAGAAACUUUCUUCAUUGUCUUUUGCUUUCAGCCCAUAAUAACCAGGAAAAAGAAGUGGUUAGAUCUUUAUGGAGACACUUUAAAGAAAGAGACUGAGCCUUUAGUCAGAACGCAAAUAUAUGUCAAUAACAUUCUUACUUGCAGGGAAAAUCUGAGGUACUUUCCGGUGCUAUCAGAUCAGGAAUGGACAAGUGGAAUUUUGUUAAAGAUGGAGGCAGCAAGUUACCUCUUGGAUUCCGGUUCCAGCCUACUGAUGAAGAGAUCGUUUUCCAGUAUCUGGCGCGUAAAAUAUUUUGUCAUCCUUUGCCUGCUCUAGUUAUUCCAGAAAUUAACGUUUUCAGCUUUGAUCCGUGGGAACUUCCAGGCGAUUUGGAUCAGGACAAGUACUUCUUUAACAACCAGGAAAGCAAUCACAGGCAUGGAAUCAGAACUGGGAGGGCCACUUGUUCCGGUUACUGGAAAGCCACUGGUUCAGCCAAACGGAUAGUAAGUUCAAAAGGGGCACCAAUAGUCGGAAUCAGAAACUCGCUGGUGUUCUACAAGGCGAAGCACCCCCGCCCUGUUAGAACUGAUUGGAUUAUGCACGAGUACUGCAUUGCCCUUUCAGGAAAUACAGACUGUAAUAUCCAACAAAGAAGGAACUCUCAGGGUUCUUUGAUUCGAAUCGGAAACUGGACUCUAUGCCAUAUAAUUUUGAGGAAAAGAAGCUGCACAUCAGAAGUAAAUCAAGAAUAUGAUCACACUAAUAGUUAUGGCUAUACAGCAGGUGAAGUGAGUGAUACAGAUUCUAGCUCUGCAUCAUCCUCAUCACCAUAUUUUGAUUCUACUGCUCUCACUGAGGUUACUUCAAGUAGUGCUAAUUGUGAUGAAUCUAGCUCUCAGAACAGCGCAUAAUUUCAAACUCAAUAAUUUGUUGCCUCAUGUACUAUCUCUCGAUUUCUUAAGCACAAUCCUACUCUUGAUGAAGAAUAGCGGCUGUAAAUCACAUGCAUUCAUUCUUCGUCGACAUUCAAGACCAGAGCAAUAUAUGUUCAAGGGGUUUUUGCUAUUUGCCUUAUGGGUUCUAUAGGAUAAUCAUAGAAAGUAACAAAUUAAACAAUGGUUUAUCUUAUUUCCUUAUCUAAUAAAGCCACAAAUAUAACGAGUGGCGAUCAUCCUUCCACCCUCUAGAAAUGAUUGAUCACUCAUAUCAGCUAAAGUUUAUAAUGAAAAUUACCAAAAUUAACAUAUAAUCCACCUUUCUUACCUGCAAACAUUUUGCAGCUGUUGAUCCUCCUGAAGUAUAACACAUACCUACAACCCAUAGGUACUUCCUGAAUACUUUCCCUCUUAUCCACUUAUUGCAAUCCCCAAUUCUAGACCUAAUUUCAACAAUUCUUCCAUGCUUCCAUCAUUUGCGCAAUUGCAUUUUACCCGAUCGAUAAUGGGUUGCACCGGUUCGCGAUUUGAUGGCAAUGAAAAAACUCAGUCGUCCGCCGGCGGACACACCAACCGUCCGAUCAAGCAUUUCCGUCCCAUCCAUUCUAGAAAAUAUCGGCUUCGGCGUGAAAACAAGGACGUCGAUCACCAGAAUUUUACUUCACCAAAAUUGGCGCAAACUCUGAGGAAGACAAACCGCAUGGAAAACCGAACAAGGAGGCCUCGAACGAUGAGGAAAGAAAGAUCAGGCGUCUCCCUGGCUCCCCGAGCUUUCGAGUUUAUUUCAACGAGAAUGGCGGAGAUUCUCGUCAACCAUUCCAGCAUGUACAUUUCUCAAUCAAAACUCGUCUCUUUAAUGCAUACACUAGCUAUUUCGCCAUUUUCAUGUCUUCUGUGCUCACGAGAUCUUGAAAUAAUAUAUACAUAAAUAUAUGUAGUGCUG